CUCCCGGCCUGCUUCACUCAGUUACUUCACUGCCGUCGGAGUGGCAGAUACACCUUAUCGAUUCUUUGUCCUGUCCGUAAACUGCCCACCUCCCCCCUUUUUUAUCCUGAAUUUUGUUGACAUUCUUAGCAAGCAUAGUUAUUUUGUGGGCCCAGUGAAAUUAGCUUUUGUAUUUUGUAAUAUCCCAUCUUUUUAUUUUGCUGUUGUCUGUUCACCAGUUCAAUCUUUCUGUCGUGUCGAAAAGGUGGUGUUGAUAAAAUUGUCUGCCAAUUUUCGAAUCGUGUUUGAGAUUUUGUCUCGCAAACAUUGGAAGAGUUAUUUUUUUUUAUUCUGUGGGAUAUGUCCCGUAACCUCAACCUCAAACAUUGGAUUUGAGCUGCAGAUAAUUUCAUGAUUUGUGUUGGAGUGUGUGUGUAUGUUUUUGUGUGCAGCCUUGAAAAAAUCAAUAGGAUAGAGCCAUCCCUGCUCUAGCCACCAGCCUUAAUUAAGCCAAAUCAACUAGAAGACAGACAGAUACACAGUAACAAGCAAUCAUGGGUCGCUACACUGGAAAGAAAUGUCGCCUGCUGACCAUGUUCACCAUGACAGCAUCUUUCUUCCUCGUCGAGCUGUUGGUUGGGUACAUCACCAACUCUAUGGCCCUGGUGGCUGAUUCUUUCCAUAUGUUGAGUGAUGUGCUGGCCCUCAUCAUAGCCUUUCUCAGUGUUAAGAUGUCACCCAAAAAAUGGAGCAAAAACACCUUUGGAUGGGCCCGAGCAGAAGUCUUGGGAGCCCUUGUGAACAGCGUGUUUCUCAUGGCACUCUGUUUCUCAAUAUUUGUUGAAUCACUAAAUAGGUUAUAUGAGCCCGAGGCGCUGCAUAAUCCGAAGCUGAUCCUCAUAGUUGGUGUUUGUGGUUUAGUUGUCAACAUAAUAGGAUUGGCCUUGUUCCAUCAACAUGGCCAUGGCCAUAGUCAUGGUGGACACAGUCAUGAUGAAGGUGGUCACAAGCACAGACACAAGAAUAAGAUUGUGACCAUCAAUGCUCUGGUGGCCACUGAUGAUAAUGAAAAUGAUGAGCGCUUCACUCCCAGUUCACUGUCCAACACAGAAAGCCAAGGCAAAAAGGGAGGUGGUGCCUCCCAGAUGAAUAUGAGGGGUGUGUUCUUACAUAUAUUAUCAGAUGCCUUGGGGUCAGUUAUUGUCAUCAUCAGUGCCUUGGUGGUAUGGUUGACUGAAUGGGAAUACUCCAAGUACAUUGAUCCUGGACUUUCCUUGUGUCUAGUCACACUUAUUAGUAUAAGCACUUGGCCAUUAUUGAAGGAUUCAGCUCUCAUCCUUCUGCAGACGGUUCCUACUCACAUUCAGGUGGAUGGCAUUCAGAAGCAACUCUUGAAUGUAGAUGGUGUUUUGGCAGUUCAUGAAUUCCAUGUUUGGCAAUUGGCAGGGGAGAGAAUUAUUGCUUCUGCUCAUAUCAGGUGUCGCAACCUCAAGGACUAUAUGGUUCUAGCAGAGAAGAUCAAGAAAAUGUUUCAUGAAGAAGGAAUACACUCAACAACUAUUCAGCCAGAAUUUGUUGAGUUUGAGGACGACAAUCUUUCAGCUUCCAUUGAAUCAGCAGAGGAUUGCAUUCUAGAUUGCCCAUCCAAUGAUAAGGAUGGAUGUGCGGCCCAGACAUGCUGUGGGGUCUCCAAACAGAAUGAUGCAUCCCCCAUUACCUCUACUUGUCGUCAGCGCACUAACUUGGAGGCUAACAGUGAAAAUCAGCCAGAAAAUUCUGUUGAAGGUGCUAUGGAAGGUGGCUACCUUCUAGUUCCUACCUCUGUCAGUCAUGUCUCAUCAGUUUGACAGUGGCCCUUCUCUAGCCAGGAAGAUGAAUCGGCAGAUGACUGACAGUAACUGUCAGUCAGGGAUCUAGCAGGACUAUCCUUGAGGACAAAUUACUAUAGGAUCCUCCCUAACAAUCCCUGAUGUGAUAAGAGAAAACUUUCAAGAGUUAUACUGUACUGUAGCUACUCAUAAACUCUUAUGGUUGUGAGCCCCAAAACCAUGUUGAAGAGCAUGGCGUUUUGAUACUGUAUAGUAAACAUAAUUAUUACAUUUUUCUGAAUUAUUAUUUUGCUAAACAGCUUAUAGAUCAAAAAGACCAAUGUUGAAUAAGUGAGGUGCAAUGCUAUUGUAAAUAUUUAUAAUCAGUGCAGUAUAUCACAUUUAAGAUUGAUGAAUGAAUGUUGAUGGUUUUUUCACUUUGAUGUGUGGAAGUACAAACAGACUCUUUAAAAAGAGACAAACCCUUCAACUGCCAAACCAAUUGGGGAAAUACACAUUCAGAGUAUGCUGCUUCGCUAAUUAUAUUGUUUUUCUUUUUAAGGGGGCUGUAUACACUUUUUUUCUUUAGAAAAGGACAGCAACUUUACAGCAAACAAUGCAACACAUAUGUCAUACGUAAUUAGUUUGGAGGUUGCACAAUUUCUUAAAUUUCAGAAUAGGAAGACAAUGUGUAUUUUAGAUUUUCUCAGACUUCAGGGUAACAACUUUCUGAAGAUUUUAGAUUUUCCAAAAUUUCAAAAUGCAAGACUAUUUCAAAGUUUUAAUUUUCCUAAAUUUAAAAAUUUCAUGACAAAAAUGGGUUAGGAAAUCUUGUGUAAAGUAAAAAAUUAAAACUAGGCAAAUACUGUACUGCAAAUAUUAAAUACAAUAAUUGUAGUGUGCAUUUAUUUGUACAUGAGAAAUGUCUUGGAACAGAGUGCAGUAAAACGUAAAACAAAUGAAAACUAAGGAAACAUCUUAUUAUUCUGGAAUCAGCUGGUGACGUGCCAUUCUGUACAAUAUUUGUUCAAUUUCAUGAUAACAAACUUUGUAAUUAAGGGGGUAUACAAUGCUGUACAAGUUGAAAGAAGCUAGAAGGAAGUGCAGUGUUAAUUUUUAAUGGCCUCAGGAUGAUUAUUGUUAGCCAACAGGAGAUUACAUAAGUAAAGUGUCAACAAAGCCAUAAUAUAGUAAGUGGAGAAUUGGGUAGAUUAAUUUCUUAGUGUUUCUGCCCUAAUGCUAAUAAUAUACAGGUAUAUGGUAGGUUUCUCCAGUUUUUAUACAAUUCAUGUGUAUAAGCAUUGAAAAGCAUUUAGUUUUUCAAAAACAAACUUGUGGCAUUCCAUAUCGUUGUUUUUGUUGCUAACAAAGGUAUGAUAUGGUACAUAAUGAUGUAUUUCUUUUCUUUUGAUUAGCCUGCUCUUCUUGAAUAGCUUCUGUUGAUUGAUAGCUUUCAUGUGACUAUUAAAGGAUAAGUGGCAGGUGUAAUAACACCUGCAGUUUUAAUACUGAACAUAGUGAACUUACUUUUCAUGUACAUAUACAGAAUAGAAAGCUAUCCAGACUACUGAACAUAAGACAGAUCUCACUUGAAGUGAGGGAAAACUGUGUUUUGUGCCACACAUUGGACCAAACUUAAGAUAGGUGGAUCUGGCCAGGCCAGAACCACAUAAUACAACUAGUCCUGAGAGUUGCAAGAAAGUAAGAGAGGAUUACAGUAUGAGUAUCAGGCAGGAACUCAUAUUUAAGUGGAAGAGAUAAAUGCCGUAUUUUGAUAUAUUUUUUGUUGUAUUUGUAAUUUAUGUGUGAAUGGAUAUUGUUGGAAGUGAUACAACAGAAGAUGAAGUUAUGGGUAUUAUAAUAAAUUACAAAUACUUUUUGUUUAUUUUUUUCAGUACAGUGUUGCCCAUGUAUUUAAUAAGCACUUUGUACACUGACCUGACCUUGUGCCUCAUAAAACUUAGUUUAGGUAGACAUUUUUAAAACUUUUGAUAAAGACAGAUUAUUUAUGUAGUUUCUGAAGACUAACCAAAGCUGUUUUAUAUUUUUAAUUGUUUAUUGAUGUUUCUUAUUUUUCUCUUGUAAAGAGAAGUGUUAUCUUAAAUUUAUAUUUAAGGUGUAAGAGUUUUGUGAGAUAUUUUUCCCUCUGGCUGCUUAUGUAAAACCUGUCAUAAGGUAAUAUGUAGGCUGUUUGUACUUCAAACUCAAGAGUAAUUCUCCUUUCCUGCAGCUUGAAUAUUCACGGUUCUUGUUAUAUAUUUACCAUCUUCUGAAAAAGUUAGUUUUAUAGGAUCUUGUAAACAAAUUUCAUUUACUACUAGUAUAUUAUUGACUAUGAUAUGGUAUAAAAAUGUAAAUUGAAACUAUUCCUGAUAGGAAAUAAAAAUUUAAUUGAAACUAUUCCAGUUAUCUAAAAUAGUGAUAAAAUAAGGGUAACUAUGAGAAACCACCGUUGAACCUGUGUUGAUUUUCUAUAGUAUUACAGUUCCUCUAAGUUGUGUUAUUGUGGAAAGGGUCUCCAUACCAUAUAGCGUUGUAGAAGUCUCAUCACUUAUAUUAAUUAUAGGGCUUUCAAUUUUGCUCUAGCUCGAGGCCCACCACACACCUGGUUAAGAGCAGACAAACUGAGUGCCAAGCUUUCCCUUCCAUUGAUGGUUGGGAAAGUAUGAAUUUGUACUCCCAAAUUUGUUGCAAAACUUGACAUUUACAUACCCAUGAUCAUGAUCAAUAUACAACAGAGCAUGAGGGCCCCAUUAUACAAUUUAUGCCUAGCUCCAAAUCUUCAUUUAGUAUUAUAUGUAGUUUUAAAUCCUUUUAUCCAAUAGAUUAAGUUUUUAUUAUCCAAAUUACAUGAAGCCAGUACUAUUCAUGUUGAAAUACAUUGGGUGUGCUUUGUUAGGCAGUAAGCGAAUAGAAAUGGUGAUAAGUAGUUAUUCCAAAAACUAUGAGCAGCACGGACAGCUAUUCUUGUCACUGACUUUUUACAUUAUGAUCCAUUAUCUUAUCAGUAGACACAUUUAGGUAGUAAUUAAUCAGGUGAUAAGAAAUGGAACUUACAGCAUGGUUGUCAUGUUCUUCAAUCCAAAAAGAAUAUUGUAUUAAAGUUCUGUAAUUUUAUCCAUGUUCAAAUUGAUCACACUUGUUGACCCAUGGAUAUUUGAUGAAUAACCCAAUCCCAAAUGCAAAGAAUGUAUAACACUUAAAAUCAAAAAUAUCUUGUGAAGGACCAAUUUUCAUUAAAUUUUUAUUGUCGUUAUAUAUUUAAAUAGAUUAAGUAUAUUUAUUAAGAACAAAUCCUUUUAGGCCAGCCUUGAGUUAAUAUGUUAAUUUAGUGGUCUGGUUAAAAUGGUCUUUUAAUAAUUGGUACAUUUUUAUUGAUUUGUAAGUCCUUUAAUCAUGAUCUUAUAUAUUUAUGAAGAACAAACUCUUGGGCCAGCCCUUAAGUUGAAAAAUGCUAGCUCAGUAAUAAUAAUAAUGCAUAGUACAUAGUAGUAAUAGUAAUAAUAGUAGGAUAAUCAUCCGGGACUUACACAGUCAAAGAAUGAGUUUGACAGUGAAAGAGACAUCUCUUCCAUUACAAAUCAUUACUUUGCUCUUUGAAGUAGGUACUAUAUGGCACUCGGUUUGUCCUUGCUUAUCCAGUUAUGUACACUCGGCAAGGAAAGUUAAGAUACAGUUUUUUUAAAUCUUCGGACAUAUGUUGUUCAAUAAUGCCGCACCUGGCAACUCUAGAAAGGGGGCAGAGCUUCAAAAUCAUAGCGUUUGUUGCUUUAUAGGUUUCCAUUACCCCUUAAACGCCGAAGCGGUAUUUUAAAAAUCGUCUCCCGUAUGCCGGCGGCGCUCACUCGUAAAAGCGGAAAAAAUGUUUUUUCAAAAAAUCACAGUACGCUUAGUUUUCAAGAUUAAGAGUUCAUUUUUGGCUCCUUUUUUUGUCAUUGCCUAAAGUUUAGUAUGCAACCAUCAGAAAUGAAAAAAAAUAUCAUUAUCAUAUAUAAAUAUUGGGAUAUAUGACAUCACAAAAAAAAUUUCAUAUAUAAUUGUAUACAAAUCGUGCUGUAAGCAAAAUGGUUAAAGCUAACGAGUUAAUUUUUUUUUUGUAUUGUACACUAAAUUGUGAUAAUUUUGGUAUAUAACACAUUGUAAAACUAUCAAGGCAACACAGAGAAAAUAUUAUCACAAAAGGAUGCAUGAAUUCGUAAUGCGCGGACAUAAAAAAAAGAUGUUUUAAAAAAUUCACCAUAAAUCAAAAUAUUGUGCUAGAGACUUCCCGUUUGUUGCAAAAGGAAGGUAAUUGAUUGAAUAUUAGUAGACUGUAAGUGUUGUAGCUUACAAUUGCAGUUUUCGACCAUUUCGGUCUAGUUAAAUUUGACCGAAGGACGAAUUUUUUCUAUUUAUCGUUAUUUAUAUGAAAAUAUUUCAAAACUGAUAAAAGCUACAACCAUGGGUUGUUUAUUGUUGUAUUCUACAUGAAAAUGUGCACAUUUUCAUAUAUAAAACUUUAUGUAACGGCUAAUUUAAAAUGGUGCAAACAUUACAACAAUCGGACAAAAAAAAAUAAGAUACCGCGCGGACGUAAGGAAAAAGUUUAUUUCAUAAAUUUACCAUAAAUCAAAAUAUUGUGUUAGAGACUUCCAAUUUGUUGCAAAAUAAAGGUAAAUAUUUGAAUAUUACUACAAUGUAAUAGUUUUUGCUUAUAAUUGCGUUUUUUUACCAUUUCGGUCGAGUCAAAGUUGACUGAAGGUUGAAAUUUUGGCACUUAUCGUUAUUUAUAUGAAAAUAUUUCAAAACUGAUAAAAGCUACAACCAUGGGUUGUUUAUUGUUGUAUUCUACAUGAAAUUGCACACAUUUUCAUAUAUAAAACUUUAUGUAACAGCUAAUUUAAAAUGGUGCAAACAUUACAACUAUCGGACGAAAAAAUUUCUGAUUUUUUUUUGGAAGAGUUACCGCGUGGACGUAAGGACAUGUCCAAUUUAGCAGUUCUCUGGUAUUAUAGCAAUAUUUUACUAGAAAUAACGCUAAACGGACUUAUUUCACUGGGCGACACGGCUUCCCCCUCGCCCAGAAAUAGAUUUUUCCUACGUCAAAAUCCCUUUUUUCAUAAAUUCACCAUAAAUCGAAAUAUUGUGCUAGAGACUUCCAAUUUGUUGGAUAUUACUAGAAUGUAAGAGUUUUAGCUUUCGGCUUACAACGCGUCUCAAGAACGGAAUCCCCGUCGUAACCAGGGGACUGUCUGUACUUAAUUUCAUUAUAUAUUCUUUGGGAGAUUGAGUGGUAAUAUAUAUUUUUAAGGUAUGUUUUAGAAGUAGAUAUAGAGAGAGAGAGAGAGAGAGAGUGAGUAUUGGUGACGGACUUGUGACGGGGGAAAGAGCACUGAGUCGGUGCAUAGAUACCUGGGAAACAGGGUGAUAUGACUGCCGAGAUCGUGCUGCACUAUGCUAGAUAAAAUUUGAAGGAUCAUAAUAUUCAAGUUAAUUCUCUAAGAAAUUCAUACCCUAAUCUUGAUUUCAUUCGACAGUUGCCGUAGCAUUCAAAGAUUGUAAAAAGAUGUGGAAAAUUUUAUACAGGCUGCAGUCAUUCUUGCCCUCUUGGUAUAGUCUGUACUUAUGAAAAUCGGUUUUCAUCCACAAAUCAUUCACGAAAAAGUGUGUUAAGUAAAAAUAUUCAUUACCACAAAUAACUCAAUAUGUAUUGCGCAGACAAUUAGUUUUAUAUCGUGCAAAAAAUGUUGAUGUGCUGGGAGAUCUUUCUGCCUCGUGGCAAAGAAAUACAGUCGUGUAGGGCUGUAGGCUACUACAAACUGCUUUGUAAUGGGAGCAUAUAGCCAGAUAAUCUUUGAGCUGACAUGCUACUUUAACCUUGAUAAAGAUUUAUGUUUAAAGACAGUAUCUUUGCAAAGAGCAACUAGCAUUCGAUCAAUGUCAACGUCAAAGUAAUCAAAGUGUGAAAUCCGUUACAUAAGCCAGUAUCCAGUGACUUGCGCUUUUCCACUUGAAGUUCUAGGGCUCCACCUCACAUCAUAGAAAACGCUCUUAGCUGUCGGAACAUUGACUGCCAUUGACAUCAGCUAACUGUUAUAGCUUUGGAAUACAAACAUGAGUUUGUAGAAACUAAAAUAAUUGUUUUCACCACUUACGAUGAUGCAAUAAUAUCACCGUUCAUGAAGGAAAACGAGUAAAUAUUGUCGUUGUGAUACAUAGUACUACAAACAGAAAUUCACAUUCUAUCUACCAGAUCUCUAUGAAUGAAUCCAUCUGAGAAAUUCCAAUUACUUCGGACAUAUAUCGUGUUUAUAAGUAUCUGAACGGUUUUGUUUUGCAGUUUUAACUUCUAUGAUAUAAUUUGCAGUGUAUUUUCAUGUUCUAAAGUAAAUUUAGCGAUAUUAUGUCUUUUUAGUAAAAACAAAUGGGAAAUUUGAUGAACGAAAGCUAAUGAAAACUGUAUCUUCACUUUUCUUGUCGAGUGUACAUAAACGAAUUUAAGCUUUAAUUAAAAAAAAAAAUUUUUUACUGAGUACCUUGGACCCCUUGUCUUUUUACUCCAUUGAGUCAGUCAUUGAUGUUUCAGAUGGUCUGGAUUGCCAAGUAUCACUAGAAUGAGGGAUUUUCAAUUUCCAAUAUGUAUAAAAAGAGCAAACAAUGAUGAGAAAAAAAAAAAAACUCCGGCAGAAUAGCAGGCUUUGUGGAUGGAUGGUAGAACCUGUCUGUUAACUUGUCAACACAUGCAGCUGGUAUGUAUUAGGAAGGUAGUAAUGGAUAAAGAGAGAGCAGCAACAUCCUGGUAAAAAUGGUGAGAUUCUUUGACUAAUGGUAAAUAAGAGCACUAUCCCAAUAGCAAACCAUGAAAACUGAUGUGUCUAAGGCUUGUGAUUCUCUAUACCACAGAUAUUCACAUGCAAAGAAAAUUGAAUUUAAAGAGAUGAGACUGCAUAUUGUUGUGAUUUAAGCCUGGAAGUCAUUAGAAGUUCAUUUUACUUGUGAGGAAGCUGCUAAGCAGUGAGAUCUAGAGGCUAGAAAUUACACCAAGAGCCGCAAGAUGAGAUUGUUUUUGGGGAUGUGAUGAGAAGGUAAGUAAGAGCAGUUAGUGAUCCACGUAGGUAUAGUGAUAGGAUGAAAAUCAGCAUGAAAACUUAUAAGAUCAAGGAGAAUGAGCCUGGAUCUUAAGGGAAUUUAGGCAGAAAAUGCACCGGACAGAAGAAUGGUGAGGUCGUUCUUCCAACUCCAAUAACGAAAUCCUGACAUAACACCGAUAGCAAAUGAGAGGAUCAACUCAGUGUUCACUUGUUCCUUUGAGUUCAUGUUUUGACUGAUAAAAUGUAGUUCUUUAAAAUUUUUCAACUUUUCACUUGCUGAAAGUUAAUGUAAAAACCUUAAGUUAAAUGUAGUGAGGCGAUUUCUUUUUCUUCAUUAUCCAGGGUGGUAUUUUUAUAAAUUUCAUUAUUAAAAAUUAAUAUGUAUCGUAUAUAUUAUUCCUGUCACAUUUGCAUGCCUUUUAUUCCUAUUUUUUAAAAAUGCAAAUUUCAUUCAUUGCCAAAUGUAAUAGACUUUUGAGAAAUUACUCUUGGGUUUGUUAUGAAAAUAGCCUUGGAGCAAUAGGAUAAAUCUUUAUGCUAAAACGUUACCUCAGGGUGUGGCUGGAACUGCUGUGUGUAUCAAGCAAAUUGGUUACCUGUAUACAGUAAUUUUUUUUAAUGGUAAAACCAGUUGACUGACACAUUCAGUGUAUCACACCAUAAUUAUCGUACUGUACAUUUUUGAGGAUAAAUGUGAUAGAUAUUGUAUGUCAGUGUAAGCAUCAGCUUUCGGGAUAUUCAGUUUUGAACCGUGUUAAAAAGGGAUUAAAUAUAAGCAGAGAAUUA